AUGUGCGAUGUUUUUCCGCCUUCAUUGGCUUUUGCGAUGCAAGCUUGUACACAGUAUAGAAAUCGUGUUUUAGACAAUAGUAGUGUACGUCGAUUGACUGAAUUGUUUGAUGCUCAUAUCGGGAAGAGAGAAAAACGUCAGUUAGUUGAAGGUGUGGUUGGAGCAGCUGCUGUUUAUGGUGUGUACAGAAUUAUUGGUGAUCUUUUCGGGGGAAAUAAUGAUGAAAUAAUACAUCGUUUAGAUGAGAGUGAAAACUUUCAAAGACACCAAGAAAAAUUAGACGAUAUAUUAGUCACAUCUGUUUUGUCAUUAGAAGAUAGUAAUCUUGUUUUAUUGGAAAGUUUUAAAAAUUUGUUCGAUAGUGUCAACGCUACACGCUCAUUGAUCCAUAAUCUGUUAAAAAUGUCUUUGAAACAGCAAAGAGCAUUUUCGGGUUGGGCGAAGUUCUCUCUGAAAAGUGAGAUGCGUAGACACUACGAACAAAUGAUAUCUGCGUUUUCACGAGUUGCUAAUAAUGACUUGAACUUAGACAUGUUCUCUCCAGAGCAGAGAACUUUCGUUCAUGAGUUUUUAUGGAAUCGUAUUCGAUCUAAUUUACCAGUUAAUUUCUCUGCUUCGCUAGCACAGUUCAUCCCAAACCUACUUGUUCAACAGGUGAUAUCUUUCGUUCCCGUGAACGAAAGUGAAAUCGUUUAUGAGCUGAAUGAAAACGAUUUCAAUUUUUUUGUCGAAACAGUUUCAGAUGAGGUACCUAUGAAAAACGAAACAAUCGAACUCGAUUCUAUUCUGCCAAAGAUUGUAGGACAUGCUAGAAUCGAAAAUUUUUUUGCUAUUCCGUCGAAUACUUCACGUAAGAAAGCACAUCUUUAUAAAAUAACACGCCUGCCACUGUUCGUUGAUGAGAGGAGAGCAGAAUAUGUAGCAAACCUUCCUCAAUAUAUAUCGAUCGGAGAAGACGGAAGUUCGUCAGAAUGGUUCGAACAUAGUAAUCGGAAAUGUACUGUUGACCAAAAAUCUCGGUAUAUGUUUUGUUCCGUUCCAAUGCCUACAUUUAAUUCUAUUCAGCAUCCGUGUCUAAGAUCUAUUAUAUUCAAUACGUCAACAAAAGACUGUCUGAAAGAAACGGUUGAUUUAUCAUCGCCACAUAUCGUGAAAUUUACACCUAAUAUACAUGCAAUUAGCGUUCAUACAUCAUUGCAAUGUUUCGAAAAGGGCGAUAAACGAAAUCAAAAUGUAUUCAGUAAUAUUACAAAGGUCGCUAUAAUCAAAACCCGUUGUAAUAGCUUUGUAUCAUGUGGUACACUUGAUUUUUCAUCUGUUGGUGGUAUAUGUGACAACGCCGAAAGUUAUAUAUUUUCCUUCAACACUACUUAUGAAAAUCCAUUUAAGCUCGAAAGAUCUGUAAAUCCUCUUGAUGUUAGGAUGACAGAUUUAAACUCAAUGAUGGAUAUUUCAUCGAUUAUUGAGUCUAUUGUCUCUCAUAGAAAACAGCUAGAAGACACCCACACUGAGUUUCAGUCUAAUAUCCAUCGUACACUUCGAACAAAAGUGUGGCCGAAAGUUUUUCUUGGAAUCUUUCUUAUUAGCUCGAUUGUAACAUUUUCUGUUGUUGUUUAUACAACGAGGCGUUGUUACAAAACCUGUUUAGUCCAUGACCACUGGAAAAGUGUACACAGUCUGUUUCAUAGAUUUGUAAAACAAAAACAAGUUGAAGUUGAAAAUUUACCACUUGAUAUGAACCUUCUUAACGAGACAUCUAAGCAAAAAGAUAGUUCAGACGCUGUAAUAUAUGAGGGUAGGAAAGUUGACCAUUCAUAUCCACUUUUGAAUGAAGCUGCUCCUCAUGCCAACAACCAUCAUUCGCCAUAUUCAAGUAGAUCAGAAAAGGAUGUAUUGUCCUUAAAGCAGAAAGUAAACUUUGAUCCUUUACCCUUGACAAACUAUAUUUCUUGUAAUCCAAAGAUGUCAGAUGAUAUACGAACCGAAAUUUCCUAUAAAAAGCCGAAUUCUUCAUCAAGAAAAAUAUAUUCUUUUUUGGGAGAGUCUGAUUUAGUAUCAAAUCAUUCCAGUAUGACAUCCAGAGAGUUUUCCGAUGAGGAUCAUCAAAGUGAAGAAUAA